AUGGUGAAGACACCUGAGGAAUUAAUAACUAAUAAAUUGAUGAAUACCAGUACUACACAAUCACAUAAAUAUAGUCCUCAUAACAUAAUAAGUAAUCUAUCUUCCUCAAGGACUAGUAAAUGGACUACGAAAUUUGCAAAAUUCCAAAAAAUCAAUGAAAAAAGAGAGAAAAAAAAUAUAAAUAUAUCGACGCCAUUAGAAACAACACCUAAUCUACAAUUUCAAAGGUCCUUUUCAACAAAAUCUUUAAACGAUAUAAAUAAAAUAGAAAAUAUGAAAAAAAUAACAUUCUCGAAUGAAAACUUAAAAAAAACAUCUCCAUUAAGUGAAAAUUUGUCCCAAUCAAAGAUAUCUGUUGUUAAAGGUAAUUUGAGAGAAAACUCUGUAUCUAAAAAUUAUUCACCUUUAAAAUCUUCUUUUUCUUCAAAUUUUAUUGUUGAACUCUCAUCAAAGUGUGAUUUGUCUAAGCCAUCUACACCUAGAAAUCCUCCAAUUUCAAGAUCAAUUCCAAAUAGAAACAAGAGAUCUUUUAUCAAAGAAAAAUGUACACUUUGUAAUGAAUCGAUAUCCAAUAAGAGCAUCGGAGAACGAAUAAUGGAAUUGGAAUGUAAACAUCUGUGUCAUGAAGAGUGUUUAUCUAUUUCUAUAGAUAAUUUGUCUACCACAACAUCUCUGGAUUUUCAUAGCUUAUUUCCACAAUGUAAUAAAUGCUUUGAAGAAAAAGGACAAGUCCGAAAGUGCAUCCCUAAAAAUGAAGAUUUAAAGGACAGAUUACUAUCUAAUAUUUUAAUAAAUACCAGCUCGUCAUCUCCUAUUACUUUCCAGUCAAGCGAUACUCCUACACAAACUGGGUUUUCUACACUCACCACUCCAGUUAAUAAAGUACAAAGCCAAUUCAUUUUCCAACAAAGUCCCACUUCUAUUUCACAGUCUAGUAAUCAAGAAAUAUAUAAUAUUUCUCUAUCUGAUCCUCCAAUGAAAAAAUUUUCAUUAGGAAGUUUUAAUACAAAUAACAAUAUAUAUAAUUUACAGUUUGCUACAUUAGAAAACAGUAAAGAAGACCAAAUAAGAGAGUCAAGAAAUGAAUCUUUUGUUCUUCCAUGUUUCGAUAAGAGAAUUACUCAUUCAAAUACUGAUGCGGUAUCUGAUGUUGCUACAAAUCACAAUACUUCGUUGAAUUUAACCAAAGAUCAAUUACCCAUAAUAAGAUCAUUUUUUACACAACUUCUUUUAGAAAACUUUAGAGAUAAUUUAUCAGAUUGGCAAUUAGAUGAAGAGUUUGGCUUAUUAAGAAUAGUUGACAAGUUACUAGUCUCCUAUGACAAUUCCGAUUAUAUUACAUCUUGGUGCUUUCUCUUUUCUCGAGCUUUUGUAAUCGCAUUUGUUGAUGAACCCUCAUAUAUAUCUUCUGAUAAUAUUAUUUCGGAAACUAAGCUAAGGAACCUUAUGAAGUUUGAUAAUCUUAAAGAUAUAAAUGUUCAGACAAUAGAUUCUUCUACCUUAUUGGUUUCUGAACAUAACAAUACGUCAUUAUUUUCUGAGAAGAAAGCAUAUUUGAAACAAUCUCUGAUUAAUAAUUUCAGUAAUGUAUUACAAAAAUGGAUUUCUGGUUUAUUAGAUAAUGAGAUGAUAUUUAAUGAAAAAAACAUAACUUCAACACUAAAAUUACCAUUAAUAUUAAAAAGUAAAACUACAGAUGAUGAUAACAGCAAAACUUUUACCAGUUUAAUAAACCCCCAAAAAAUAAUGGAAUUAAGCAGUUUAAAAAGGUCUUCAGAGAAUAUCUUCUUAAGAAGAAGUAUUUUAAUAGAAAAAAAUAACCAAAAGAACAAUGCAGCUGAUACCCUUCUUUCUAUGAAAACAUCCAUUAGCUCUAUAAUUUCUUUUAAAAGAGAGAAACCGGAUGAAUUGUUUAUUGUUUUGCAAGUUGAUUUUAAUAAAUUGAAUGACAACAAUGACUACUAUACGAUCGUGAACACUUUAAAAGCAUUAAAUUUGGCCUUACCACAAUCAAAACUCUGUAUAGUGAAUCAUAAUGGUUAUAUAUUAAAAUCAUUUUUUAGUAUAAAUGAACAUAUAAACGUUGGACAUUUUAAAGAAUUAGUAGAUGUUUGUUCAAUGAAAAAAUUCGACCUCUUAUCAUUAAGAAAAGAAUUAUAUCCCUCUACGCUGAACUCAAAUAUUGGUGUUGUUGUUAUUUCAAAUAGUGCCAUGAAAGAAGAAUCCUCUUGUUUAAUGAAAAAUUAUUCCUGUUUUAACAAAAUAGGAAGGCAUACUCCUAAUGAAUUAAAAAUUAAAGUAGGAUAUCUAAAUGUUGACUAUAGUUCUAAAAUUGAAGAAUUGUUCGAAGUAAAUACAUGGGAUUGUGUUUUGGAAACUAUCUGUUAUAGCUACAAUAUAACUUUUGAAAGUGACGAUAAUUAUGGAAUAGAUUCCAUGUUUUCUGAAAGAUAUUCAUUCAAUAAUGGCUCUAUAUUUUUUGAAAAAACUGAAGACAGUGAUAAUAAAUCUAUUAUGACUCUACAUAUAUCUCCUCCUGUUGUUACUAAUCCAAAUACAUUUUUUUGUAAGUCUGCACAUUCAGUCAACAACUGUAUUAAUAAUUCUGUAAGUUUAGGAGUGUCUAAUAAUUUAACCGAAAAAACUAGGGAAUCUUUUAAUAGAGGACCAAAUAUAUCAAAGGAAAUUUCAUUAUCCAAUACAACAGACUCAUACAAUAUUAUAUUAAAUCAAAUUGAUAAAACCAUUAAAGAUAUUCAAAAUCAUAAUACGGAAAAGACUGAAGGUACUAAGAAAGAUAAGGGAUUUUAUGAGUAUAUAUAG